UGUCAUCAAGUUUCUUCUUAGUGUAAAUAUUCGAGUAAAAAUUAAAAAGGCAUGUCUUUAGAGGGUAUCUGUUCCGGUAGCCACAUUUUAGUUUAGUUUUGCGAUCGAGCGAUCUGAGCUCGAUUGUUGACGUCUCAGCGCACCCAGCGUGACGACGUCACCGCAGCGGGAGUUUCCUCGCUCAGGUCUGAUGAGCAACCAUCACGUGACCCCGUUGUGAUUCUUUCUCUCCGUUUUCAGACUCACUUGACGCGUCAGCUGCACAGAGGUGGAACAUGAGCGCCUUCACGACUCUCAGGACGGGCCAGACGAUGCCCACGGUCGGCCUCGGUACAUGGAAGAGUGCCCCGGGCCAGGUGAAACAGGCCGUGUUGACCGCUUUGGACUGCGGCUACAGGCACAUCGAUUGCGCGGCGGCGUAUUGCAAUGAACAGGAGGUGGGAGAGGCUCUGGCUCUCAGGGUCGGUCCGGGAAAGACUUUGCGUCGUGACGAAGUGUUUGUGACGUCGAAACUGUGGAACACCAAACACGAGCCCUCGGACGUCGAGCAAACAUGCAGGACCACCCUGGCCCACCUGGGUCUCUCCUACGUGGACCUGUAUCUGAUCCACUGGCCCAUGGCCUUUCAAGCGGGGAACGAGCUGAUGCCUCGACGGGAGGACGGCAGCGUGCGUUACUCCGACAGGCACUACACGGACACUUGGGCCGCCAUGGAGGACCUCGUGGACCGAGGCCUGGUCAAGGCCGUCGGGCUGUCCAACUUCAACGCCAGGCAGGUGGAUGACAUCAUCAAAAUGGCCAGACACAAGCCUGCGGUAAACCAGGUGGAAAGUCAUCCGUAUUUGUCCCAAGCAGAUCUUCUUGCUCACUGUCGGUCAGCGGGAGUCUGCCUGACCGCCUACAGUCCUUUGGGCAGCGGGGAUCGACCCUGGGCCUCUGCCCAGGAGCCUCGUCUCCUGGAGGAUCCUCAACUGGGAGAAAUCGCUCAGAGACUCCACAAGACACCGGCCCAGAUCAUACUCAGGUGGCACGUUCAGAGGGGCGUUGUGUGCAUCCCCAAAAGCGUGACCGCCUCCAGAAUCCAGGAGAACCUGCAACUUUUUGACUUUUCCCUGUCAGAGGACGACAUGACGCUGGUCGACGCUUUAAACCGCGGCCAGCGCUUCAUCGUGCCAACAGUCGAGAGGGAUGGCAAGAGAGUUUGGAGAGAUGCUGAACACCCCCACUUCCCAUUCCACGACCCUUACUGAGCCGAUAUUUACAUGUACCUCGUGUGCGCAUUUUGUCAUUUCAAUUGCAAAAUCUAUUUCUAUCAAUUACUCAAUCUAUGCAAUAAUUAGUACAAUAAAUUCUGAUAAUUUUCA